AUGGAAGUCGGUAGUAUUUCAUUGGAAUGUGGUGCGGUACCACCUUUUCCUGUAAGUGGUAUUAAUUACUUGCCGAUUCCAUCAUGUCAACAGUCUUCGUCAUCUUCAGCGCACGGUUCAGCCUUUUCAUCACCAACUUUCUCCUCUCUUGCACCGUUGCUGACCAAUUAUGAGCAUUCAAACGGUAUGAAAUCCGUCAACGGUGUUGAUGUAGCAGCGGCAGCGACAGCAACCACCCAUAAUCCGCUGUCAUCAAUGGCUGUUCAGUGUUUCAGCAACGAUUCCACAAUAGCGUUUGGAAGCCCUGCGACAGCAGCGGCAGCAGCAGCGGCAGCGGCAUCACAGCCAAAUCCAUUCUUUUAUGGCCCAAAUCAUUUUGGCUUGUCACAGUUAGUUGGCUUCAUUUUUUAA